CCAAGGGUACUGCUUCCGGGUGUCGGCCCGCUGGCGCUCGUGUGUGGGUGACAUCUUGGCGAUCGCUUGGAAGCUGCCCUCUUUCCCCUCCCCGCUUCCCGCGUUGUCCGCCGUGCCUGUCUCUGGGGUCCUCUCCCGGCCUCUACCCCGGGUCCUGCUCCCCGCGUUGCCGCCUCCAUCGUGAGGAACUAUGAAUGGGAGGGCUGAUUUUCGAGAGCCAAAUGCACAAGUGUCAAGACCUAUUCCCGACAUAGGAGGCGGUUAUAUUCCGACAGAGGAGGAGUGGAGACUCUUUGCAGAGUGCCAUGAAGAGUGCUUCUGGUUCAGAUCUGUGCCGUUGGCUGCCACAAGUAUGUUGAUUACUCAAGGAUUAAUUAGUAAAGGAAUCCUGUCAAGUCAUCCAAAAUAUGGUUCCAUUCCUAAACUUAUAUUUGCUUGUAUCGUGGGAUACUUUGCUGGAAAGCUUUCUUAUGUGAAAACUUGCCAAGAAAAGUUCAAGAAGCUUGAAAAUUCCCCCCUUGGAGAAGCACUGCGGUCGGGAGAAUUGCGGCGCUCUUCACCACCAGGGCACUAUACUCAAAAGCCUAAAUUUGACUCAAAUGUGAGUGGUCAGUCCUCUUUCGGGACAUCUCCAGCAGCAGACAACAUAGAAAAGGAGGCGCUUCCUCGUUAUGAGCCAAUUCCAUUUAGUGCUUCUAUGAACGAGUCCACUCCCACUGGUAUUACUGACCAUAUUGCCCAAGGACCUGAGCCCAACCUUGAAGAAAGUCCCAAAAGAAAAGGUGUUACAUAUGAGGAAUUAAGGAGUAAGAACAGAGAGUCCUAUGGAGUAACUUUACCCCACAAGACUGACCCCUCAGUCAGGCCUAUGCAGGAAAGAGUGCCCCAAAAAGAAGUCAAAGUAAACAAAUAUGGAGAUACUUGGGAUGAGUGAAAGACUCCCAUCAUUGGACCUACUGAAGGCCUUCCUUCCAUAUCCAGCUUCAUCCAGGUGUCGUUUGUACCUACAUGCUUGGACUCAGCAGCAGAUUUCAUAAAUACAGUUAAAACGAAAUCCUGGUUUGUGUGAUUUAACAUACAAUGCUUUACAGACUCAGAUUUUAUGUUUGCUAUUGUGUAAAUGUACCGGCCUGGGCACUGAGAAUGGUGGGUUUAUGCCACAGUUGUGUGCACUUGGUGAAAUUGGUUUCAGUUACAGGGAGAGACUCAUGAAACUCAACUGUGACUCUCGAUCAGCCCAGCCCAUGUGACGAUAACUGAUAGUGCAUGUUGAGGGGGGGAGGGGGGAGCAAGCACACGCCUAGGGCUCAGCUUCGCAUCAGUUAUUAAAAGGCUUUUCUCCAGCAUUUCUCGAGCAUCUUAAUGUUUGUGAUGAAUAAAAUGUAAAAACACGGA